UUGCUGGGGCUCAGUAGAAGUGCUAUACCUCAUUGAAGUGUAAUGGAUGGGAAAGUAUAUGCGACAUGGACAAACUGUUGUGAUAAAGAAAGCUCCCCUCUGAGGUACUUUCGACGACCUAACAGCGAACUGUCAGGGCAAUCGGCAAGAUGAAGGUACUACUGCAUGAAAUUGUCCGCCCUCGAUACCCAGCUGUCCCCGACAAGGAGAGUUCUUACCUCUAUGGACUCAGAGGAGUAUUUGUUAUAGAAUCUUUUCUUUGGGUCUUUCUGCAGACACUCGUCCCAGGGGCUGUCAAAGGAACCGCCAACAUCUAUGGGCCAGCUUAUCAGAUCUACUUGAAAAAGACCCUUUCCGUUCUCUUUUGGAAUGACAACCUCAUCUAUUCUUUCUUCAUCCUUGUAUCUGCUAGGACAAUAUGUCUACCCUUUCUCAAGAACCCAGACAAGUCCGGAAUCGCAGGCUCUGUCUUCCGACGUGGGCUUCGUCUCUGGUUUCCUGUGGCCGUCUCCCUGGCCGUCGUGAAGCUCAUGUUCUGGAAAAUGGGAACGGCAUACAUUGACAAUUACAAGUCCCUCACCGGAAAUGUAUCCUUCGACACGCCCUAUUACAUGCCAAAUACACUCGUGUAUUUCAAUUCUGUCUUCAACAUGUUCUGGAUUACGCAGAACUUUGCAACAUCUGCUGGCAGUUAUGCCUUCCCUUCGCAACUACUCUGGGUUGUGAAUGUGAUCUACAUGCAGAGUUACACGGUUUAUAUGGCGAUGCUCAUCAUUCCUUACACGAGGAACUCAUGGCGUGUUAAGGGCUCCGUCCUGUUCAUUAUCACCGCUUGGUGGGUUCAGUCAUGGGCAUGGUUUACCGUGACCGGCCUGAUUCUCGCCGACAUGGUGUUCAACAUGAACUUUAAGGAAAAGGCACGAAGGGGAAUACCCAUCUGGAGAUCCAGAAACAUCUAUUUUCCGUCGUGGAUCCUAUACUCGGCACUCAUGGCGGCUGGCUUGAUAAUGCAAUUCAUCUGGACUGGAUGGAAACCACAGGAUGUAGAUUCAGAGAUCAUUGCACAUGCAGGUCUCUACUACACUGGCGGUUUGAAUAACAAAUAUGAUCCGGCCCAGCCUCAGGCCAGAGAUGACAUUUACCUAAUCCUGGUAGCCAUCUUCUUCGCCGUGGAGACCUAUGACUUCCUCCAGCGGCUAUUGAGGAAUUCAGUUCUCGUCUACCUUGGAAGCAGGUCGCUUAGCUGGCUCCUAGUCCAAAGCAUCAUUAUAUACACUGCGGGAAUCAAACUUUUCGUCCACCUGAACCAGGAGAAACACUGGCCCUCGGAAGGUUCUGUGUUCACAGUCUUCAUAGUCUGUCUAGCAGCUGUCGUUCCCAUCGCAGAGCUGUUCUAUAGAUUGGUUGAAUAUCCCUCUCGUGCUCUAGCAUAUCGACUAUUCGAUUGGAUUAGGGAGUAAGAUUGUUGUGAGAUCGGUUGCAUUUUCUUGUGCC